AUGGACGAAUUCCGCCAAACCCUCGACAUGCUCAAAGCCUUCAAAGCACCACUCACGCUCGUCAUCGCAGGCAAUCAUGACUUCUCGCUCGAUCCCGUGGCAUUCAAGGCAAAAGUGGAGGAAGCCAACCGUGUCAACGGCGCACCACUUGAAGCAGACCUGCUUGAACGGGAGUAUGGCGGAUACGGACUGGCCAGGAAACUCUUCACCGACGCCAAAAAGGACGGCAUUCUUCUCCUGGACGAGGGUACACACGAACUUACUCUCGCGAACGGAACAAGGCUCAAAGUCUACGCUAGCCCGUAUACGCCAUCAUCGUCAUCAUCUGAAGGCUGGGGCUUCUCGUAUAAUCAAAGCAAGGGCCAUGAAUUCGACAUCCAGGCGGAUACGGAUAUCGUCAUCACGCAUGGCCCGCCGCGUGGGAUUAUGGACAUGUCUGCGGAUAAGAAGCGCAUCGGCUGUGCGGAUCUCUUUGCUGCUAUUGCAAAGUCUCGACCUCGCUUACACUGUUUCGGACAUGUACACGGUGGUUGGGGAGCAAAGGACGCAGCUUGGCGCCCCACGAUCUCCGACAAACCCUCGCAUUUUAGUGACAUUGAUCACGAAAAAUCUGAGCUUGUUGAUAAUCUCACAACGCUCGGGGGUACGCGAUUCGAAUCCGAGGAAGACAAGAAGAGUAGGGAGCGGAGACUUGAGCUCUACAGGGCGCAGCGAUACUCUAGUGCAGGACAUCUUCGCAACGACAUGAGCUUAUCGGAGGUCAAGAGCACAAUGUUCGUCAAUGCCGCGCUCGAGGCAGAUGGUGAGUUGCAACGCUAUCCCUGGAUCAUCGACAUUGACCUGCCGAGAAGCGAAACUUGUAUGGCACUCAGGACUGAGCAGAAAAGGAAGCGGGAGGAGUCAACUCAAGAGCUCGAAGAAGCAAGGAAACUCUCGAAUAGAUCAUAG